AUGUACCUGUACGAGGUGGCCACAGAGUCAGUGUGCGAGUCCGCCGCACGCCUGCUUUUCAUGAGCAUCAAGUGGGCAAAGAGCGUACCGGCCUUCUCCACGCUGCCGCUGUCCGACCAGUUGAUUUUGUUGGAAGACGCCUGGAGGGAGUUGUUCGUCCUGGGAAUAGCACAGUGGGCCAUUCCUGUCGAUGCAACAACACUACUCGCAGUUUCUGGCAUGAACGCAGACAACACAGACUCGCAGCGGCUGAAUAAGAUCAUGCUGGAGAUCCAGGCCCUUCAGGAGGUGGUGACACGCUUCAGGCAGAUGAGACUGGAUGCCACCGAGUUCGCCUGUUUGAAAUGCAUCGUGACCUUCAAAGCUGUUCCCACGCACGGAGCCACCGAGUUAAGAAGUUUCAGGAACGCCAGUGCGAUCGCGGCGCUACAAGACGAGGCCCAACUCACGCUCAACAGUUACAUACACACAAGGUACCCCACCCAGCCUUGUCGCUUUGGGAAACUGCUCCUUCUUCUCCCGUCGCUCCGCUCCAUCAGCCCGUCCACCAUCGAGGAGGUUUUCUUCAAGAAGACCAUCGGCAACGUUCCUAUCACCAGACUGCUCUCCGACAUGUACAAGUCCAGCGAUAUAUGA